AUGGGUUCGGUGGGUCUCACCCACCCAGCGGACCACCCCGCGCUGUCGAGUGACCAGUCUACCACUGUCCACAAAAUCUACGCCUUUGUCGAGCAGUUCUUUCAGAACCCGAAGUUCGAUGCCUCUCACGACUUCCGACAUGUAAAGCGAGUCACCGCCACCGCCACCGCCAUCUACGAGGCCGAAAAGACCACUCACCCAGCCCUUGAUGCCUUCACCGUCCUUCUUGGGGCGCUCUUGCACGACGUAGAAGACAAAAAGUACGCUCAGUCCAAGGAUGCCAUUCGUGAUGCCCUGCUCGAUGUCGGCAUGUCUGCACCGGAGGCGCUGCGGUUGCAGAGGCUGGUAGAGGGCGUCUCCUACUCGUCUGAGAGCAAGGAUCCGGCGAAAGUGCAAGCUCUAAUCGCCGAGAUCCCAGAGCUGGCUAUUGUUCAGGAUGCUGACCGACUGGAUGCUAUUGGUGCCAUCGGUAUUGGGAGGUGCUUUGCUUUCGGCGGUGCAAAAGGCGCCAGGAGUCUUGAUGAUUCGAUAGAACAUUUCCACGAGAAGCUGUUCAAGCUGGGAGACAUGAUGAAGACUGACACAGGUAGGAGGAUGGCUGCCGAGCGCACUAGGCGACUGCGGGAAUUCGUCGGCUGGUGGGAGAGUGAAGUCCAGGGGUCGUCAUGA